AUGGGUGGUGAUAUCACUGGAGAAAUUAAUUACUUUAGUCACACGAUAGAUGGUUCUCCUCAAUGGAUGGAUGCAGGUGCUAAAUUGGGCUAUAACACCACAAAUCAUGCACAAACAUCAGUUCGCGUUACCAUUCAAGAUUUGCGAGGUAAAGAGAACACUGUCGAUCUCGACACUAAUGGUUUUGAAAUACUCAAAUAUGAUGGCCUUAUGCAUGAAAUAUUUGUUGACAAUAGUGAAAUACAACGACGUUUCUAUGAAGAAAUUGCUACUGUUCUCAAGAAGCGUCUGAAUGCUUCUCGUGUAAUCGUCUUCAACCAUAUAAAUCGUUUUCGUGGGCCAAAUCUUUCGGCCGAUCAGUGUGAUUCGACCCACAGGAAUCCUAUCUUUUCUCCACACGUCGAUCAUGAUCCGCCUUCAGCUCGCUUCAAAGUGGAACGAAUACUUGGUGAAGAGGAAGCUAACAAAGUGAUGCAAAAUCGUUUUCAAAUUAUUAAUAUUUGGCGACCAUUGGGUCCCAAUCCUAUUAUCAAUACUCCUUUGACCAUCUGUGAUUAUUGUUCGUUAGAUCCUCACAAUGAUGUUCAUGCGGGAACUGUUUACAAUUCACCGAAUGAGUCCGACGUUGCUCAAUUUGGUGCUCAUACAGCUUUCAAGAAUGAGAAUGUACCUUUAAUGAAUGUUGAACAAAUUAGUAUUGAAUUGCGUUGUCUUGUCCUUUAUGAUCGUUAA